CGGGCGGGCGCACAGAGGAGCGGGAUCCCCAGCUGCCGCCGUGAGGGGACGAGGGCUAUUUCCGUCCCCCGUGGGUUGGUCACGUGUCCUCGGGGAGCCUUUAGUUUGGGCACCACGUCGGGCGGGAGAUAAGAAGGGAGCGCUCCGUUGCGCACAGCCGAGCGGCGACACAGGCGCGAAUGACCCGGCGGCGGAUCAGGCGGAUCAGUUCUGUUUUGGGGCGUUGUCAGUCAGUCACACACACUCCACAGCAGUGUGUGGCGCACAGAUCCGUCAGGCACCGACUCGGUGUGUGUGUGUGUCAGUGUGUCAGUGUGCGAUCUCUCUGACUGACUCGUUAAGAAACUUCUGCGCUUCGCAGCUGUGAUCUUCAGUGCGGGCGUCACAUUGCUGUCGUCCACCGCCACGAGUCGACGCACGGAGCCGCCAGCGCGAACCGAGGCUUUCAACGUCCACAGCGGUGCUGCUCAUUGCUAACUAGGCUGCCUCCGAGCCCACAGGUAACUGGCCAGCUUCUGUGGGAUUUGAUGUCACCUUCAGAUUGGUUCAACUGAAGAUGGAAACACUGGAGUCUGAGCUGACCUGCCCGAUCUGCCUGGAGUUGUUCGAAGAUCCCCUGCUCUUGCCCUGUGCCCACAGUCUGUGCUUCAACUGUGCCCACCGCAUCCUGGUGUCUCACUGCUCCACUAGCAAGCCCCUCGAGUCCAUCUCGGCCUUUCAGUGCCCCACUUGUCGUUACGUCAUCACGCUGAAUCACCGCGGGCUGGAGGGCCUUAAGCGCAAUGUGACGCUGCAGAACAUCAUUGACCGCUUCCAAAAGGCCUCCCUUAGUGGCCCCAACUCCCCCACCGAGAGCCGGCGCCUGCAGCCGCAGCGGCCCUACACCGCCACCAUUAGCGGGACAGUAGGUGGAACAAUUGGCGGCGGCGGCGGCGGCGGUGGCGGUGGCGGCAGCGGCGGCGGUGGCACAAGCGGAAGCAGCGCCCGCAGCAGUCCGGCCUCUUCCAGCCACUCCCACCCGCACGCCAACCACACCAAUCACGUCAACCACACCAACGCUAACCACAGCCCGGCUGUUGUUGCCAAAAUGGAUCUGCGCAUCAGCUGCCAGUUCUGCGAGCAGGAUCCGCCGCGCGAGGCUGUCAAGACGUGUGUCACGUGUGAGGUAUCAUACUGUGACCGCUGCCUGCGUGCCACACACCCUAACAAGAAGCCGUUCACCAGCCACCGCCUGGUGGAGCCGGUGCCAGACACGCACAUCCGCGGCCUGACGUGUCUGGAGCAUGAGAAUGAGAAGGUCAACAUGUACUGCCUGGUGGAUGACCAGCUCAUUUGUGCCCUCUGCAAGCUGGUGGGGCGCCACCGAGAGCACCAGGUGUCCUCGCUCACUGAGCGCUUUGACAAGCUCAAGGCUUAUCAGGUGAGCCCGGGCAGAGUGUCAGAUGCGGUAAUGGAGGCUUCAAAGACAAGCGCUGCGCAAACCCUGGAGAACAACCUGACCAACCUGGUGAAGAGGAACAGUGAACUUGAGAACCAAAUGGCAAAACUCAUCCAGAUCUGCCAGCAGGUUGAGGUGAACACAGCCAUGCACGAGGCCAAGCUGGUGGAGGAGUGUGAUGAGCUGGUGGAGAUCAUUCGCCAGAGAAAACAGAUCAUCGCUGUGAAGAUCAAAGAGUCAAAGGUGAUGAAAUUGCGUAAGCUGGCUCAACAGAUUGCAAACUGCCGGCAGUGUCUGGAGCGCUCCAGCGCCCUCAUCACACAAGCCGAGCAGAGCCUGAAGGAGAACGACCACGCCCGCUUCCUCCAGACCGCCAGGAAUGUAGCAGAAAGGGUUGCCAUGGCGACGGCUUCCUCCCAGGUACUCAUCCCCGAUGUCAACCUCAAUGAGGCGUUUGACAACUUUGCCCUGGAUUUCUCCAGAGAGAAGAAGAUUCUGGAAGGUCUGGAUUACCUAACAGCUCCCAACCCGCCGUCCAUAAGAGACGAGCUGUGCACCGCCUCCCAUGACACCAUCACUGUCCACUGGACGUCAGAGGACGAGUUCAGCGUCACGUCCUACGAGCUGCAGUACACGAUCUACACCGGUCAGACCAAUUUCAUCAGUUUGUACAACUCCGCAGACAGCUGGAUGAUCGUGCCCAACAUCAAGCAGAACCACUACACGGUGCACGGCUUGCAGAGUGGCACCCGGUACAUCUUCUUUGUCAAGGCCAUCAACCAGGCAGGAAGCCGCAACAGUGAGCCGGCACGCCUCAAAACCAACAGUCAACCCUUCAAGUUGGACCCAAAGACGGCCCACAAGAAGCUUCGUCUGUCCAACGACUGCCUGACCAUGGAGAAGGACGAGAGCUCACUAAAGAAGAGUCACACCCCGGAGCGUUUCAGUGGCACGGGCUCCUAUGGAUCAGCUGGUAAUGUCUUCAUUGACAGCGGGUGCCAUUACUGGGAGGUGCUGCUGGGAGCAUCCACAUGGUAUGCCGUUGGCGUGGCCUACAAAUCAGCCCCGAAGAACGAAUGGAGUGGCAAGAACUCCUCCUCGUGGGUGUUCUCGCGCUGCAAUAACAACUUUAUGGUGCGCCACGACGGCAAGGAGAUGCUGGUGGAGGCAAGCCUGCAGUUGAGGCGGCUGGGUGUUCUGCUAGACUAUGACAACAACUCGCUGUCCUUCUACGACGCCAUGAACUCCCAGCACAUUCACACCUUUGACAUCUCCUUCCUCCUGCCCGUCGUACCUACUUUCAUGAUCUGGAACAAGUCGGUCAUGAUACUCUCAGGGCUGCCCGUCCCCGACUUUGUUGAUGCUGUGGCCUCAGAUCUGCAGGAGCAGCAGCAGAUGGGCCUAUGCCGACAAGAGUCGCCAUACUUGACCGGGAUGAAGACCUGCCACUGAGAAAAGGUCGAGCAGAGUCCACUCAGGCCAGGUGACUUUGACAAAGUGACUGAGUUCUGCUCCAAUCUCCAUUACAAGUGGACUGGUUACUUUUUAUGGAUUUAGAAAGUGAUGGAAAUAUGCACACAAAAAUGUCAGUCCUGAUAGUUUGUAGCCAUCCAAUGCUUUGCGAAUCAUUGAGGAGGCGGGAACAAGGUCUAUUGGCUGUAAUCGUUUGGAGACGUAAAACAGAUCUGAUGCUUUGGAGUCACUGAGAGAGCUCCGGUUUGUCUUUCUAUUUGAUUUACUUUCCUCUUGAUUUGACCCUAGGUAGAAGACCUAGAUUGUUUUUUUUUUAAACACUGCAAAAGCAGAGGCAGACAAAAAUGAAAUAUUAAUAUGAUUUUAAAUGUCGGUCACAUAUUUCUGACAUAUGGAGAUUCAAAUUUAAGGUUUGAUUAAUUGAUCAGAAAUUACUGUUUAAGGAAUAGUUUGACAUUUUGGGAUAUACACUUAUUGCAGGAUUGUGUUUGUGUGUCAGAAAACGAACACGCGCAUGUCUGAAAACAUUUAUUCUGUUAAAUGUGAAUGUGUUAGAUGCAUCAAGUUUGCCAACACAAAUACACAAGGUCGUGGACUAAUCCUUACAACAGAGUGCAUCACAAUUCUUUUGUGUCACUGUUCACGUGGUGAAACAUAAGUUGCUGCAAGUGGCCGUUGCAAAAGUCUUCUCCUUGGUCUUCCUCCUAGAUUUGGCCCAACAGCUUUCCAAGUUUCAGGAAGUGUUUACGUUGCUCCCAGAUAUUAACAAGAUCACGGGGGCAGAUUUGCAUCAUGUGACUACUCAACUUGUAUAAUAAGAUGUUUAUUGAAUACUAGAGGAAAAAGUGUUAUUUAUGACUAGAAGAUGGUUUACUUUUAUUAUUAAUCUCAACAUAUUCAUGCACUUUUUGAUUAACACUAUUUCCCUUCUGUGAGUAUUUAAAUAGAUGGAGCUGAGUGGCGGAGUUGUAACGGGGAGAGAAAGUGACAUCAAGUCAUAUUUUCAAAAUUAUUUAUGAUUAUGAAUUAAAGAUGGUUACCAGAUAUUAACCAUAUAAAUGUUUAUCGCAAUAAAACACUGCUAAAACCAUUUUUUGUGUUAGUUGCAAAUGCCAAAUCUGGUCACUCAAAGCACUACAGUCUGCUGUAAAGUCUCUGUGCUUUGAAAAUAACCAGUGAUUAUGAUGUUGUUUGUGCGUUUUUUAUCACGAUGAAACGAAGUUCACUCUGUUUUCGACUAUUUCAGAGAAGGAGGGGGUUAACACUUUAACUUGCUGUCUGUCGCAAUGUCACGGCAUGAUUGUGUUUUCCUGUGUGAUUUGUUAACACAUGCACACACACGCACCGACACACGUCAUGUUUCAUUUAUGUUGGCCUUGUCGUGAUAAAUGCAUGAUACAUUUUAGGAUCCCGCGAUGGUUCACUAGGUUAUUUAAGUAGCUCGUUCAAUUUCACCAAACGUUGUCGUCAUCAGAUAUAAAUUCAUCUGAACAUUUGCUUACAACAGAUUUGACCUCAAUCUCUUUUUGCCGCCCAACCCCUACUCAAUGAACUGCUGUAGUUGGAUCCAUUGUUUUCUUAUUAUUUGGAUUUGAAGGGUAAAGUGUCAAUGGCAGUUUCUCUCCGACUUGCUAUUCAGGUAGCGGCCAUGAUUCAGACAAUCAAAUAAGUAUCACAGUUUAUGCAGAUUUACGAGGUUGUGCAGCAGGAAAAGUGUGGAGGCGUUGUGAUAAAGUGACAGUUUAGGUUGUGUUGAAAAAAAGGAAGGUGAUUCGCGUGACAUCUUGUUAGACGCGUCAUGGUCAAUUUUCAUUCUCUUCGCAUCACCAAGUAUGUCCUUGAUGUCGAAUGCGAUGAAACAUUUGUAUUGACAGGCUUAUUUGCUUGACGCGAAAAAAACAGACAUACCCUGCAAACACACACUUAUUUCAAUCAUUCGCAAGUUACUGUGGUUACUUAUUGACAGGUCGAAGCAAGCUAGUGUACGCAGAGCACGUGAAGAUGGGCCACGGCCUCCCAGUGUACCUUUUCGACUGUGCGACGUAUCCCUCGUGAUUCUUUGAACGAAGUUUCGAUCACCUCAGUGCUUCUGGCAACAGAGAUAAUCCACUGGUUGAAGGUAACACAGUGGCAGCUCCAGUAUCAAAGGAGGGAUAUUUUUUUCCUGUCAAGCAGAUUAGUGGAUGUUACCUGGCCCCCAGACAUCCACCCAUCUUGUUGAAUAAUAUCAGUCAUAAGCUCAGAAAAAACAAUGUGUUGAUUUGUGAUCCGGACUGACAAGCUCAAGUCAUCUGUGCAAGUGUGCUUGACUGGGUCACUGCAUGAUUACGUGACCUUGCUGCAGUUUCGUAACUCUUUCCUUAUCUUCAUGAUGAGGCCUCCAAUCUGGAGUCAAGGAUAUUCUCUAUUCACCCCACACAAAAAAAAACAUUACAAGGAAAUGUUCAUUGCCAUGCAUAUCAGAUCAUUUGCAGUGCUCUUUCUUUCUUUGUGUCACAAUUCAAUACAGUGAAAUAUAUACAGUGAAUGAUUUUCAAUAGCUACCCACUCCCUGUAGUGAAGUGUAAUACUCUAGAAACAAUGCAAUAGAUUCUUCUCUUUGCUUUUCUGUUUGUGUGACUUGGGAGAUUAUUUUUUACAAAUCAAGAGAAACACAGUCCUCUCCUUUUGGCAUUUGGACCUUGAUAAACAGCACAAAAAGAGCAGCUUUGCUUCCGUGCAAGGCUUUGUGUUUCCAUAGAUAUCAUUUCUGCCAGAGAGGAAUGUAAAUCAUAAGGGGAAAUAUAUAUUAUAUAAAGUUGUAUAAUAUACAAAAUAUAUAUGAACCAAUGUUAUUUAUGUGAAUUUAAGUUCAAUUAAAAGUCUGAUCCCAGA